AUGGCUACCUUCAUGAGCCUUCCCGCCGAACUCAGAAUCCUCAUCUGGCAAUACAGCAUGCCGGACCCCAGACGUCCUGUACUAUCCUGGAGCGGAACACAUUUCGCAUUCAACACCACGCCACCCAACCUCGUCCACGUCUGCCAUGAAUCCAGAGAAGAAGCAGCGAAACAGUACGAGCUUACGUUUGCUACACCUGGAAAUAACAAUCCUCAUAUCUGGUUUGAUUUUACGAGGGAUUUUCUGUACGUUACGGAUGAAGCCUUGGCGCGGCUCCCCGGGGAGGUCGUGCGGAGGAUUCAGAAUUUACGACAUUUUCGAUAUACUGGCAAGAUGGCGCUGAAAUGCUCUUCGUAA